AUCGCCGCUACAUGUUCGCAUAGCAUUUUGAUAGAUGCAAAAACUCCUGCGGAACCACAUUCUCUGGGUUGAUAAGCAGCCAUGUUUUGCUCUUCACCUGGCUCGUCAAAAACCUGGAAAUCAUCACCUGUCUUCAUUCGUCACCGGACGAAUACUCACCGCCGGACCUCAUUCACAAUCGACUUUUCACUCCACAAACGACACCAAAACCUCAAAUUUUCCCGAAACUUCCCUAAAAGAUCGCCGUCCUAUUGCCGCCUGCGCGCAAUCCUUGGGAAACCCGAGUCCAAUUCGAAAGGUUCCGAGCAGUUCAACAGGAAGGAAGGUAGCGGCGGCGACUUUAUAACAAGGAUUUUGAGGCAAAACCCCUGCCAAGUAGAACCCAGAUACAAAAUAGGGGAUGAAUUACUUACUCGCAAGGAAAAAGAGGAGUUGCGGAAAAAGGGUUUUGAUGCUGGGGCCUUUGAGAUUCUAAAGAAGUUGAAUUUGAAGGCAUUUUGGGGGCAAAGGCAAGAAGAAGGUCGGACUGGGAAGCCCGGGGAGGUGUAUUUGAAGGACAUUUUGAGGGGGUAUAAAGGGAAGCUGUACGUUCCCGAACAGGUUUUCCAGUCCCGCUUAUCAGAAGAAGAGGAAUUUGAUAAGAAUGUGCAGGAGUUACCGAGAUUGGAGUUGGAGGAUUUCCAGAAGUGCUUGAAAGCUGACAAGGUUAAGCUGGUAACAUUCAAAGAGGGGGAUGACUCAAAUGAAAGGUUUGGGUUAAGGGACUUAGUAGUGGAGUUGAAGGAAAUCCCCGGUGAUAAGAACUUGCACAGAACUAAGUGGACACUAAGGCUGGAUUCAAAUCUGGCAAAAACCCUUCUGGAUGAGUACACUGGGAUGCGGUAUGAAGUCGAGAGGCAAAUGUCAUAUGUUGGAAGAUUGCCAGAGCAUUGUCUUCCAGUGGCAUCUAAAAUAUCAACUAGACUGAUAGGACAACUUGGGAUGCUAACAGCUUUGAUGACAUUAGCUGCAGUGAUUGCUUAUGGCUUCCUUGCUUCAGCAUUAUUAGCUAUGACAAGCUUUGCAUGUGUUGUGGCUGUAUAUGUUGUAUGGCCUGUUGCCAAACCAUUUGUCAAGUUUUUCUCUGGCAUUAUUUUUGAUGUCUUAGAGAGAGUUUGGGAUAAAAUUUAUGAUGCUUUUGCUGUUGGAGUUUUUGCCAAGUUGCAUCAGCUUUACACUUUUGGUGGUAUUUCUGCCAGUCUUAGAUUGCUGAAGCCAAUCCUGUUUGUAUUUAUCACUAUGGUUCUCCUUGUUCGUUUCACUCUUUCAAGAAGACCUAAGAACUUUAGGAAAUGGGACAUUUGGCAAGGCAUUGAAUUUUCUCAGUCUAAGCCACAAGCUCGUGUGGAUGGUUCAACUGGAGUCACAUUCAAUGAUGUUGCUGGGAUCGAGCAAGCUGUGGAAGAACUUCAGGAGUUGGUAACAUACUUGAAGAAUCCUGAUCUAUUUGAUAAAAUGGGGAUAAAACCACCACAUGGAGUUCUUCUGGAGGGUCCACCUGGUUGUGGUAAGACACUAGUUGCCAAGGCCAUAGCAGGUGAAGCCGGUGUUCCCUUUUACCAAAUGGCUGGAUCUGAAUUUGUCGAAGUGCUAGUUGGUGUUGGCGCUGCUCGUAUUAGGGAUUUGUUCAAGAGAGCCAAGGUAGGCGGCGCUACAGCAACUGGGUUGGCGGCUCUGCACAAUCUCGGAUGGACGGUUCCCGACGGCGGCGGCACCACAGGUAGACGACGGCGGCUGAGCGACCUGAAACGGCACAGCUUCGAUAUGGCGAUGCGGCUCCUCCACGCGGCGGCGGCUCCUUCUGCCGCUGCUCCUGCGUGCGGCGGUCUAUACGCAAACGGCGGCGGAGAUCUGGGAGCUCGACGGCGGCAACACGUAGCAGCGACGUCAGCGAUCUUCCUCGCUGCGGUUCAAGACCCAGCGGCGAACUCGACGGCGACUGGGUCAGCGGCGAUUCUCAACGGCUUCCCUUAUGCUCCCUCUACCCUCCGGCGACUGCGCACAGAUCCCAAAAACCCUAGGUGACAACUCGCAAUUCGUGCUCGUGUUGAACAAGGCUCUGAUACCACUUGUUGGGAAAUAAACACACAACACACACAGAUAAUCUGCGAGAAACGAGAGAAACGGAACACAAACGACACACAAGAAUUUAACGUGGUUCGGUUUCCCU